AUGCCACCUUUAAGACCACAUCAAAAGUCUCGAAAUGGGUGCGAUCGAUGCCGAGAGAGGCGAGUUAAAUGCGACGAAAGGGGUCCACCAUGCUCCAACUGCACCAAGCGUCAACUAAAUUGCACAUACCUGAAAGUUGCCGCGGCCCGUCACCAAAGUGCCUCGAGGAAGAGCACCACAAAACAUUCUCUUCCUACUCGCGUCAAGUCCGAUUUCAGGACUUUAUCACUGUCGCUUUCUCUCAAUACAACUGAUUUGCCAGCAUCAAAUCUUUUCAUUCCUCAUGAACUCGACAAUCUGGAAUUAAUGCACAAAUUUUCUACUGAAACGUUUGAAAGUCUAUGCGUGAGCGAAUCGGAAAAAAAGAUCUGGCAAAUUGUUGUUCCUCGUUUGGCGCUCAGACACUACUAUCUCAUGGAUGGUAUUCUUGCUUUGGCUUCAUUGCAUUUAGCCACAUCUGCGGAGCCUGCCGAGGCUCCCCUAUAUCAGGAUAGGGGCCUCCGGUACUAUCACCGAAGUCUGGCGCCAUUUCGGCAUGAGAUCGACAACAUCACACCACAAAAUUGUGAUGCUGUAUUUGCACAUUCUAUCAUUAUGAUAGCCAUCAGCAUUGCCUCGCCUCGUCUGACAGCUGUAAAAGACGAAAGCUCAAGCAUAACCGAGAACAUCGUCGUCCUAUUCGAGUUGCUUCAAGGCGUGAAGAAAAUUUUACAGGCUAGUAAACCUUGGAUUCGCCUGGAACUAUUCAUCCAUGGUGAAUUCUGGAGAAGGACUGCAACCAAACUAGACGACGAUACCGAUGCCGCUUUGACGAAUCUCGCAUCACUGAGUGAUGAUUCCGUGAUUUGUGUAGAUGCAAAGCGUCAUCUCAUUUACCAAAGGGUUUUGUCUCAUCUGCGCCACUGCUUUACCAAAUUUUCCCAUUCGCCCGAUCCAUCCCCAGUUCUGGCUUGGCUUGCAGCAGUUGAUAAGGAAUUUGUAGACAGUCUGAGAUGUAGAGAGCCAUUUUCACUUUUGAUACUCAUGUAUUGGGGCGUACUUCUUGGAGGGUUGGAUGGACGAUGUUGGUGGGCGCGUAGCUCAGGCAAGGCUCUAACAACUGAGCUGCUUACUGUCUUGAGCUGUCAUAGCCUUCGAUGGGAGGGAGCUCUUGCGUGGGUGAAAAGGAAAAUGGAUAUUGAGACCACCUCAUUGAUGAUCUUCAAGGAUAAGAAUAACUUGCCGAAGAUGCAAUGA